AGGUGUUUUAUAUUUUUCAUUCUGUCACUGAGAUAUAAUGAAAACAAAAUGCUAGCAAGCAUCGUUCAGAGCUUUGUAUGUCCCUCAUGUCAUGAUGAGACACAGUUCUCAGAAGAACAAGAGAUCUUAAAACAUCUUUUAUGUGAUCACAAGCUAGUCAUCGCUGAGAGGAAACUCAUUGCCGAUUUACCCAGGUAUCUCAGCUACUGGAGGAAGCGUUUCCAGGAUGCACCUUUGGAGACCUUCUGUCCUGUGAUUCGCACUAACAGUGAUUUGAGUCCAGAGAUACAAGAAGACUACUACCUUCUCUGUGAUGCUCUUCCUGAAGACAGGGAAAUCCGUGUAACACUUCAAAAGGAGAAAUUGAAAUGGGUACUGGAGCAAUAUGAGAAGGAGAGAAAUGAUCCUGCAUUCUCUCAUUCAUGUCUCUUCUGUAAACAAGUCUAUGUUGGGGACAGAGCAGAGCUUUUGAAUCAUUUGGCCUUCGAUCACCACUUCAGCAUUGGGCAUCCAGAUAACAUCGUCUUUCUGAAGGAAUUCUUGAAUCUCAUUGAGCAGAAGCUGACCAUGUUGAGGUGCUUAUACUGCGAGAAAGACUUUCGAGACUGGAGUAUCCUCAAGGAACACAUGAGGAAGAAGCUGCAUAAAAAGAUUAAUCCCAGAAACCAGGAAUAUGAUAAAUUCUACCUCAUCAAUUACCUGGAGUUUGGGAAAUCAUGGCAGGAUGUCCAGAAAUGGGUACUGGAGCAAUAUGAGAAGGAGAGAAAUGAUCCUGCAUUCUCUCAUUCAUGUCUCUUCUGUAAACAAGUCUAUGUUGGGGACAGAGCAGAGCUUUUGAAUCAUUUGGCCUUCGAUCACCACUUCAGCAUUGGGCAUCCAGAUAACAUCGUCUUUCUGAAGGAAUUCUUGAAUCUCAUUGAGCAGAAGCUGACCAUGUUGAGGUGCUUAUACUGCGAGAAAGACUUUCGAGACUGGAGUAUCCUCAAGGAACACAUGAGGAAGAAGCUGCAUAAAAAGAUUAAUCCCAGAAACCAGGAAUAUGAUAAAUUCUACCUCAUCAAUUACCUGGAGUUUGGGAAAUCAUGGCAGGAUGUCCAGGAUGAGGAGGAUGGUCCAGAGGCGAAAGGAAAGAGGGAUGAUGAUUCAGAUUGGUCUGAUUGGGGAGAAGGGACAAAGAGCAUCAACAUUUUAUGCUUAUUCUGUGAUAUGCAGUUUGAGGAUUCUGAUACUAUUAUACUUCAUAUGAAACAAGAACACUCCUUUGACUUCACUUCAAUACAAGGCAAGGAAAUGGAGUUCUAUGACAAGAUUAAGAUCAUCAAUUACAUUCGUCGACAGGUACAUCAGCGAUGCUGUAUUAUUUGUGAAGAACAAUUUGAGUGCCAUGAGAGUCUCUUGGAACAUAUGUCUACUGCUGAGCAUUUUCAAGUUCCUCCAUCAUCUCAAUGGAAUCAGCCUCAGUAUUAUUUUCCUACAAAGGAGGAUGACAAUCUUCUUUGCAUCUUGGAGGAUGAUGAGAAAGAGCACAUUGAUGAUGUAAUACCAGAAAAUCUUGAGGUAAGUUGUUCUAUCCUAUCAGAUGAACAACUCAGGAAAACACUACAAUGAAAUUCAUCAAACUAAACACAAAUUGACAUGGAGAC